CUGCGCUGGUACCAGUCCACAUACCGUAUGGCAUGUUUGUCAUCCAGGCGCUCCUGGCUUCUCAGUUCAGUUACCAGCAUGCCAUCGAAGAGUGUGUGGUUCUCAUUUAUGACCCCAUAAAAACUGCCCAAGGGUCUCUCUCACUGAAGGCAUACAGACUGACUCCCAAACUGAUGGAAGUUUGUAAAGAGAAGGAUUUUUCUCCUAAAGCAUUGAAAAAGGGAAGAAUCACCUUUGAACAUAUGUUUGAAGGGCUGAUCCUAAUUAAAAAUUUACAUCUGAUCUACAGACUAAUGUGGGAACUUGAGAAGUCAGUUGUAGCGGAUAAUCGUGAAUUGCUCAGCCUUACUAGCAGCCAUCAUUUGGGAAAGAAUCUGCAGUUGCUGAUGGACAGAGUGGAUAAAAUGAGCCAAGAUAUAGUUAAAUAUCGCACAUACAUGAGGAACAUGAGUAAACGGCGGCAGCAGAAACACUGGUAA